AUGAGUGAUAUUGAUCACGACGACUACAACACCGCCACCACCUCCACCCCCGAAAACAGCUCCGGCUCCCCUCCUCCUCCUCCCGCCUUCAACGACGUCGUCUACUCCAAGAUCGCUUCCUCCCCCAAGAAAAGCAGCCGGCGAGCCAUACAGAAGAGAGUCGUGUCCAUCCCCAUCAAGGAAAACAGUAACACGAACACUCCGCCGUCUGAUUCCUGGGCCUGGCGGAAGUACGGCCAGAAACCCAUCAAGGGCUCACCUUACCCUAGGGGAUAUUACAGGUGCAGUAGCUCAAAAGGGUGCCCAGCGAGGAAGCAGGUGGAGAGAAGCCGAGCGGACCCCACUAUGCUGAUGGUCACCUACUCUUCGGAACACAACCACCCCUGGCCGGCUUCUAGAAGCCACCACGGCGCAAAACCCCAGACCAAAACCGAGGUCCGGGAGGAGGAGGAGGAGGAGACAGCGGCGGCCCAGCCGGAGCCCGACCCGGAGGAGAGGCGGUUCGCUGAUCUGGGCGGCGACGAGGAGCCGGCCCUGGUGAUCAUCCCGAGCGCCGCCGACGAGUUCGGGUGGUUCGCCGCCGACAUGGAAACGACGUCGUCGCGGGUGCUGGAGAGCCCGAUUUUCACGGAGAGCGGUGGGCCCGACUUUGGUGACGUGGCGGGGAUGGUGUUCCCGAUGGGCGAGGAGGACGAGUCGUUAUUCGCCGAUCUCGGGGAGCUGCCCGAGUGCUCGUUUGUGUUCCGGCACCGCCGUGUCGGAGGCGGAGGAGGUGUGGGACCACAAGUUCAGAUCUGUUGA